AAAUACUAUAAAUUAAACCCAUCCAAAGUCCAAAAACCCCUCACGCUCUCUCUCUAGCUCUCACUCUCUCUCUUUUUUAUUAAAAAAGAAAAGAAAAAUUGUUUCUGUCAAUUAGGGUUUGACAAAAUUGUGGUGGAUUCGAGUUUUGGUCAUCGAAACCAACGGUUGUGAUUUUGUGUUCUUUGAUUCGAAGAAGAAGAAGAGAAAGAUGCCUCGUACAUCAAAACGAAAAGCGGCCCCACCAAGUUCAGCAUCCGUCAAAUCUUCUGACUCCCUUUCUGUUCGUCCCGUAGAGAAGAAGCCUCGCACAUCAAAACGAAAAGCGGCCGCACCAAGCUCAGAAUCCGUCAAAUCUUCUUCUGUUCGUUCCGGUAAAGCUGGAGCAGUUAAAGCUGUAACAAAGGAGGUGGAUCGGAUAGAUCAACUAUUUGAUUCAUAUGCAAAUAAGGAUUUAGGCUUGAUUGAUCCAGAAGGAGUUGAAACACUUUGUUCUGGCAUGGGAGUGCAGCAUACUGAUGUUAGGAUAUUGAUGCUCGCUUGGAAAAUGAAAGCUAAAAAGCAGGGUUAUUUUUCUAAGGAUGAGUGGCGAACUGGACUAAAAGCUCUAAAGGUUGACAACCUUGAAAAAUUAAAGAAAGCACUCCCAACCCUGGAGACCGAGGUGAUGACGCCACCCAACUUUGAGGAUUUCUAUGCUUAUGCAUUUAAAUACUGCCUAACUGAAGAGAUGCAAAAGUGUGUAGACGUUGAGACCAUUUGUGAAUUGCUGAAUCUUGUUCUGGGUUCCCAAUUCUGUGCCCAGGUUGAUUCAAUAACUGAGUAUCUAAAGUUCCAGAGUGAUUACAGGGUGCUAACCAUGGAUCAGUGGGUUAACUUCUAUCGUUUUUGCCAUGAGAUAAGUUUUCCUGAUCUUCACAACUAUGAUUCCGACCAAGCUUGGCCUCUGAUCCUUGAUAGUUUUGUUGAAUGGUUGAGAGAAAAGCGAAAGUAAUUUCAGCACCUUUGGCCAUCAGAAAUCAAUUCAGAUAAAUGGACUUUGCAAACUUUGAAGUAGGGAUCAUAUCUAACAAACUAUUUAUACUGACAACAUUGCUGAAGUUCGUUUCUCAUUCAAAGCUGCAAUUUUGUGAUCUGGAGGUGCUUCAGGCAUUCUUAUUUUAUUCUUGAGCAUUGCAGUACUGUUUUUGUAACAUCAAAAUUUUUACUUAGGUUUCCCCUAGCCCCCGUUGACUGGUCAAUAAUAAUUUUUUUAAUUAGACAUGAGUUAUCAAUGAAUGCAGCAUUUAUUUA